AAAACCAAUCCCCAUCCCAUCCCCGCUCACUGCAGCCAUGGGGCCGUGCGCUGCUGCUGGAUCUGUCCUUGUCCUGAUGCUGGGGGCCGUGGUGGAUGCACAGCCCCGGGGUCGGAUCCUGGGGGGGUCGGAGUCGCAGCCCCACCUGCGGCCCUAUAUGGCCUCGUUGCAGCUGGACGGGCAGCACGUCUGCGGGGGAUUCCUCAUCGCCCCCCAGUGGGUCCUGAGCGCCGCGCACUGCACCGAGCAGACGGGAGAUAAACGCUUCCAGGUGCUGCUGGGCGCUCAUUCACUGACCGAACCGGAGCCCCACAAACGGCUGUAUGGUGUGAAGGCACAAAUCGCCCACCCCGGCAGCAACAUCCACAACAACCGGGACGACCUCCUGCUGCUCCAGCUGGAGGAAAAAGCGGAGCUGAACGAACACGUGAAGGUGCUGCCGUUCCAACGCGAGGACCGGGAGGUGGCGGCCGAUACUUUGUGCGAUGCCGCGGGGUGGGGGACGGUGACACACAGCGGGAAGCGAGCGGAUCGGCUGCAGGAAGUAAAGCGUCCGGUGAUCAGCAGAGAGCUUUGCAACCACCGCACCCGCCACGACCGCACCAUCACCGAGAAGAUGAUGUGCACCGACUCCCGUAAGAAGGAUACGUGCAAGGGUGAUUCCGGGGGUCCUUUGGUCUGCAAUGGUGUGGCUGAGGGGGUGGUGACGGCUGGCUCUCGUGUCUGUGGCAACUACAAGAAGCCAGCCAUCUACACCCGCAUUGCACCCUAUGCUGAGUGGAUUGACAGCAUCGUGGCCUCCAGGGAUGGGGAUGAGGACGUGGCCAAGCGUUGAGCCCACGCUGCUGGGCACAGAGGGGGAUGGGGACCCUGAGCUCCUGCUUAUGAAGUGGGGAU